UGUUGGUCAGUGUGUUUGAGAUUUAAACAUUGGUUUUUAGAUCCUCCUCCACUUUCUGACAUCACAUUCUGCAGAAUAUCUCUUUCGUUCAGACGAUCUCUGUUUAACACUGAAGCAUCCAGACAUUCCCUGUGUUUUCGGAUGACGUUUGAUAUUUUUCAACCUUUCUGAAUCUUUUGUUUGUUCGACUUUUCUUCUGUAGUGGGCCAGAGGAUUUGGAUUAUGUCGGUUCUUUGUUGUUUUUACGCCCAAAGUGGCGCAUCUUCGACGCGGAUUUCAUCAUGGCUAAUGCAGCCUCUCGUGCUGUGCGUCUUUGUCAUGACCGUUGCGCGCGGGCAGGUCCGUUAUUCUGUUCCAGAGGAGAUGACAAAGGGCUCGCUGGUGGGAAAUAUUGUUCAGGAUCUCGGUUUGGAUGUAAAGAGGCUGAAAUCUGGUCGAGCGCGGAUCUUUACGGAGGACAGUCGUGAGUACAUCGGUCUGAAUGUGGAUAAAGGGACUCUGCUAGUGAAAGAGAGGAUAGAUAGAGAGGAGCUGUGCGCCCAAGUGUCUCCCUGCUCCUUACAUUUUCAAGUCAUUCUAGAAAACCCCAUGGAGCUGCAUAGAAUCGAUGUAGAAAUAUUAGAUAUAAAUGAUCAUGCUCCAGUUUUCAUGAACAAAGAGAUACAUCUUCAAAUUAGUGAAUUAGCGAUACCUGGAGCCAGAUACUCAAUCGAUAGCGCUGAUGAUGCUGACGAGGGUUUAAAUUCGCUUCAGACGUAUAAGUUAAAUCCAACCGAUCAUUUUGUGCUCAAAACCUUGUCUCACACUGACGGUACUAAAUAUGUCGAAAUGGUCUUACAGACUCCAUUAGACAGAGAAAAACAGGAGGAGUAUAAUCUGAUUUUAACCGCGUUUGACGGUGGAUCCCCCCAGAAAACGGGAACCUUAAAAAUUAACAUUAUUGUCUUGGAUGCAAAUGACAACGCGCCUGUUUUUAGUCAGUCUGUAUAUACAGCACUUGUAGCUGAAAAUGCGUCAAUGGGAUCAUUAGUCUUAAAGGUUAGUGCAACUGACGCAGAUCAAGGAACAAAUAAACAAGUUUCCUAUUCAUUUUCCCAAAGUAGCAAAGGCAUCUCAAAUAUUUUUAAUGUCGAUCCUUCUUACGGUGAUAUAUUAAUCACUGGCCUUCUAGACUUUGAAAAAAACAAGAAAUAUGAAUUAUUAUCCACCUCUUUACGCAGACGUAGGGGGCACAGGAACUUUACAGCACGUGUACAAUUAUGA